AUGUUAUAUUUACCACAUAGCAAACAAAUAAAUGGUUUAUCUACCAUUUGGCAAGAAGUUAUUAUUAGCAUAACAUCCGGAAUGGCGGGUAUUGCUGCUUUAACUGCAGGUAAAAGUAGUGAUUACUUUGGUCGUCGUAAAGUUAUUCUAGCAGCUAGUGCAGUUUUUAUCACUGGUGCUAUCAUUUGUGGGGCUGCUUUUGGUCGAUGGACAUUACUGCUUGGACGUAUUUUACUCGGAAUUGCUAUUGGAUUUGCUUCCAUGGUCAUUCCAGUAUAUAUUAGUGAGGGAGCACCUGCAAAGGUAAGGGGCAAACUAGUUACAGUAUAUCAGUUUAUGGUAGCAUUUGGAUUUACAGUUGCUAAUGCUGUAGCUGCAAUGCUUGCGCAUUACGAUCCCGAGAAUAUUGGUUGGCGAUUAAUGCUUGCCUUUGCUGCAAUACCUGCUUUGGCACAAUUUAUUGGCUUUUUAUAUCUACCUGAAACACCACGUUAUUUAAUCAAUCAUGGACGUGAAAAUGAAGCUCAAAAAGUUUUACGUCGAUUAUAUGGUAAUGACAUGAAGUGGAUUGAUUAUGAAAUGGCUGAAGUAACACGUGAAAUGAAGCGCGAAGCAGAAUUCCGUCAAAAAAAUGAUAAGUUUAUAUUAAAUUCAUUUUCGAAAAAUUUGAUUUUUAAAAUUUUAUUAAAUAUUAUAUUUAAAAAUUUUUGUAUUUUAGCUGUACAAGCUGUAGGAACAAUAUUUCCGUUACAUUUGAUUGAAAGACUUGGAAGACGUGUACUUUUACUGGGAUCUCUAAUUGGCGUUGUUAUCACAUUAUGCAUGAUGGGUAGUGCAUUCAUUCUUAUCAAUCGUGAUUCUGCACUGAUUGAUACAAAGCAAGUGUAUCAAGGUAUUGACAUGAAUUCCACAGCUAUUGAUAGAACUUUGCUUGAUACAUGUGCUGAAUACAGAAAUUGUGAUGAUUGUGUGACUUCGGAACAUUGUGGAUUUUGUUCUUCUUCAUUAUACAGUUUUGGACAAUGCUUACCUGUGGAUUCUGAAAAUGUCUUACACUCACUUUAUGGAUAUUGCAAGGAUGGUGCAAUAAAUGCUACAGAUUACGCAUAUGCAGAUAAUUUUUGCAAAACGCAAUUUACUGCAUUACCAAUUGUGAUUAUGGUGCUUUACAUAUUAGUAUACUCUUUUGGUAUGGGUCCGAUUCCAUGGGUUUUCAAUGCUGAAGUAUAUCCGAUUUGGGCAAGGAGUACAUGCGUUGCAAUGUCCACUUUUACCAACUGGACUUUCAAUCUUGUCAUGUCAUUAACAUAUCUCACUUUAAGUCAAGCAAUCACAAAAUACGGAGCUUUCUUUUUAUAUGCUGGUAUCUCAUUUACCGGUCUUAUUAUGUUUUACUUCUUCAUGCCAGAAACACGUGGAACACGUAUUGAGGAUAUGGAACUAUUGUUUAUGAGUGAAAAAGCAAGAAAAAAGCAUAUGAUCCUUUUAGAGAAGGAAAAAAAUCAAACAACUAAUACUUUUACGGUUCCUUAGGA